AUGGCAACAUCCACCGUGUCUGUCUGCUCCAGCGACCUGAGCUAUGGCAGCCGGGUCUGCCUGCCCGGGUCCUGUGUCUCUGGCUCCGAGUCCUGGCAGGCGGACGACUGUCCAGAGAGCUGCUGCGAGCCCCCCUGCUGUGCCCCCAGCUGCCGCGCCCCAGCCCCCUGCCUGAGCCUGAUCUGCACCCCAGUGAGCUGUGUGUCCAGCCCCUGCCAGUCAGCCUGCACCAGCUCCUGCACGCCCUCAUGCUGCCAGCAGUCUAGCUGCCAACCAGCUUGCUGUGUUCCUGUCUGCUGCAAGCUCAUCUGCUGCAAGCCUGUCUGCUGUGGGCCCAUCUGCUCUGGAGCAUCCUCUUCCUGCUGCCAGCAGUCUAGCUGCCAGUCGGCUUGUUGCACUUCUUCUCCUUGCCAAGAGGCCUGCUGUGUGCCUGUCUGCUGCAAGCCCAUCUGCUGCAAGCCUAACUGCUCUGAGGGUUCCUCUUCAUGCUGCCAACAGUCUAGCUGUCAACCGGCUUGCUGCACCUCCUCUCCCUGCCAACAGACCUCCUGCAUGCCUGUGUGCUGCAAGCCCAUCUGCUGUGUGCCCAUCUGCUCUGGGGCAUCCUCUUCCUGCUGCCAGCAGUCUAGCUGCCAGCCCUCUUGCUGUACCUCUUCCCCCUGCCAGCAGCCCUGCUGUGUGCCCGUGUGCUGCAAGACUGUGUCCUGCAAGCCUGUCUGCUGUGAGCCCCUCUGCUCUGGGUCUUCCUCUUCGUGCUGCCAGCCGUCUAGCUGCCAGCCGGCUUGCUGUCCCUCCUCCUGCUGCAGACCCUCCUCCUGUAUGUCUCUCCUCUGCCGCCCUGUGUGCAGGCCCGCCUGCUGCGUGCCUGUCCCCUCCUGCUGUGCCCCCACCUCCUCCUGCCAACCCAGCUGCUACCGCCCAGCCUCCUGCGUUUCCCUCCUCUGCCGCCCCAUGUGCUCCCGCCCGGCCUGCUGA